GUGAAUUGAAUUGGAUCUUUACAGCGGUAACUGGUACAAUUGCCUGGAAUGUUCUUCCUCAUGAUCUUUUUCAAAGAUUAUUCAGACAGGAUUUGCUUGUUGCAAGUUUGUUUCGAAAUUUUCUACUUGCUGAGCGAAUCAUGCGAUCUGCAAAUUGUUCUCCUGUCUCUCACCCAAUGUUACCUCCAACCCAUCAGCAUCAUAUGUGGGAUGCAUGGGACAUGGCUGCUGAGCUCUGCCUCUCUCAACUUCCGUCUUUAGUCGAGGAUCCUCACGCUGAAUUUCAGCCUAGUACAUUUUUCACUGAGCAGCUGACAGCAUUUGAGGUAUGGCUUGACCAUGGUUCUGAACAUAAGAAACCACCAGAGCAGUUGCCUAUAGUUCUUCAGGUUUGAUUCAUGUCUCAGUUUUUGUUUCC